UAAACAGAAAAAUAUACAGAAAAAUAGUUUUUUUAUUUUUUUCUUCUCUCCCAGAGAACAGACCUGGAUCUGUUCAAACUGUCCAAAUGAUCCCUGGCAGAGGCCUGGCCCAGAGCAAGUGGCACACUUCGUUCUGGGUAGCAUGAGCACAGCACUACUCUCACAGCAAUUUGGAUGUGGCUGCCUUAUUUUGUAGAGUAAUUGGAGUGGGUUGCUAGCCUAAGACACGGAUUUUCCUGACUUUGUAGGCAUAACCUGAAUGCCAGUUCUGAUUGUCCAUCCGUUAGCAAUCUGAAUUUCUCACACGACAAUCCACCAACUUCUAAUUGUUUAGUUGGUUCCAACACUAGCUGGAACUGGCUGGCUGAUCACAUUCAAAGCGCUGCCAUUAAUGGCUCAACAUCCAGGCUGAGACCAGCGAUGACUGGUGUCCUCGGGAGUCAGCACUGGGGCCAGCACUACUUAAUAUCUUUGUCGGCAACGUGGACCGAGUGCAGGUUGAGGAUGACACCAAGCUGAGCGGUGCAGCUGGCACACUGAAGGGAUGCCAUCCAGAGGGACCACGAAGGGCUUGAGAGGAAGGCCUGCACGAACCUCAUGAAGUUCAGUCAGACCAAGGGCUACGCCCUGCUGUGCCUCACUGCAGCCUCGGGAACUGCAGGUUCAGCCUUCCCGCUGCAGGUGCUGGGAGAACUACCAGAGAGUUCCUUCCGCGGCUGGAGAGCCCACAGACGACAUGGCCGCCUGUGAGCGCAGCCGCCAUGUUGUUUGUGGGCAAAAGCGGGGCGGGGCAGGGAGGCGUGUCUGGGGGCGCGGUACCACAGGGCGGAAGUAAGCGAGCCGGAAGUAGGCGGGGCGACCGCUGCGCGGGAAGGGGGAGAGCUGCCGGUGCGCGGGAGCGGGUCGGGAUGUUGGCUUGGGGCUGGCGGGGUCUUGUGUGACCCUUCAGACCACCUCGCCCCUUUCUGUUUUCCUCAUCCCUGUCGGCAGAUGGAGUUCAGCAGCAGAGCGCGGCACCUGAGGCUGGCGGGGGACAGGCGGGAGCCGUACCCCCACAGCCUGCAGUUCUACCAGGAGCCACCCACCGAGAGCAUCUCGCUGGUCGAGUUCGAGAGCUUCGCCGUGGACCGUCUGAGGCUGCUCAAGGUAGUUGAAAACCUUGGUGUGAGCUAUGUAAAAAGUGGUGAUGUGUACAAAACUAAGCUGGAGGCUGAGCUCCGGAGACUUAAGUUUCCCUACAGAGCUUUGGCUGAGGAUGAUUAUGAUGCAAGAAGAAAGGACCAUAUUUCUCAUUUCAUAUUGCGCCUUGCUUACUGUCAGUCUGAGGAACUCAGACGUUGGUUUCUUCAACAAGAAAUGGAUCUAUUUCGAUAUCGCUUCCACGAACUGACUGACGGCCUGAGGCAGAAGUUCUUGGAUCAUGUUAACUUAUCAUUUGAAGCUAUUAGUGAAGACCUGAAAAAUGAAUUGGCAAAUGAACUGUAUAUGUCAACUCCUGGCCUCAGUAUGACUAAAGUAAAAGAGCAAAUGUUCUAUAAGGUUGGACUGUCAGAUGCUGUUGAUCUGUUUAGAGCAAGAAGAGUGUUUAUUAAAGAUGGCUUUGCAUUUGUGCCAGUUAAGGACAUUGAUGCUAUUGUUUUGAAUAACUAUAGAAAAAACUUAUCUAAAGCACUGGCGUUGACAGCAAGAUCACUGCCUUCCAUACAGUCUGAUGAGAGACUACAACCACUGCUUAAUCAUCUCAGCCAUUCUUAUGUUGGCCCAGAUUACAGCGUACAAAAAAACACUGGAAAAAUUGCUCUAGAGCACAUCGAUGCUCUUUCUGUGAAAUCAUUCCCUCUUUGCAUGCGCCAGUUGCACAAAGCCCUACGUGAGAACCAUCACCUUCGUCAUGGAGGCCGUAUGCAAUAUGGACUUUUCUUAAAAGGAAUUGGUCUGACUCUAGAACAGGCACUGGAAUUUUGGAAGAAGGAAUUUAUCAAAGGAAAAGUGGACGCAGACAAGUUUGACAAAGGAUAUGCGUACAGCAUUCGCCACAACUAUGGGAAAGAAGGAAAGAGAACUGACUAUACUCCAUACAGCUGCAUGAAGAUUAUCAUGUCCAAUCCACCAAGUCAAGGGGAUUAUCAUGGAUGCCCAUUCCGCCACAGCGAUCCUGAGCUACUGAAGCAGAAGCUGCAGUCAUACAAGGUUCCUCCCAGUGGAGUAACUCAGAUCCUGGAAUUGGUGAAGGGCAUGCAUUACCAGCUGGCCUGUCAGAAGUACUUUGAAUUGACACAUGAUGUUGAUGACAUUGGAUUUUCUUUGAAUCAUCCUAAUCAGUAUUUUGCAGAAAGUCAAAGGAUAUUAAGUGGUGGUAGAGAAGUGAAGAAGGAACCGAAUCAUUUGGGAAACUCUCAACAAAAAAUUAAUAGUCAGGAAAGCAUGAAUUCAAAUUCUACUCCCACCACUUCAAAUAUGACUACUGAUGCAGAGCUGGAGGGACUGGAGGCAUACUUCACUGAAGACUAAGCAACUAUGGUAGCUUUUUUCUCUUUCUACUCUAACUAAAUUCAUCCUUUUACUAAGGAACAUGCACUUCACUACCUAGAAGUCACAAGCAUUUAGCAAUUAGAGUUGGCUGAUGGAAAAGAAAGAAGGAUACUGAAGCUGUAAUCACAUGCAGCGCUUAUUGUUGUUGCUGUAGGAUGCUAUUGCAUAGGGCAUCUUGAAGGAUGGGAAAUGGAAAUUCCUUCCCGUUUCUUAGGUGACUUUUGCCUGACUUGCCUUUUUUGAUUUUUGUUUAAGAUGUAUAAUUAUUUUAUCCUAUUUUGUGGUCAUUUUUGUAUAUUAUUAAUAAAUAAAUUGCAAGAUAAAAAAUUGCAGU